UAAACAAAGCUCUCAUGGUCGAGGAAUUGAAGGAAACCCUAGCUCUGCUGCGGCCGAUUCGAGCGCUAUCGCCGGCGGAUUAAACUGUUCUUCUUCGAUAAUCGGAUUCAAAAGUCAGGAAUUCGCCUUUCGUUGAGGUAUUUUUACCGUUUGUAUGGCGGAGGGAAAGGCGGAUUUCGAGGUGUCGGAGAUAGAGUAUGUGAGCUACGGCGGGGAGCAUCACCUGCCGCUGAUUAUGAAUUUGGUUGAUCAGGAGCUUAGCGAGCCGUAUUCCAUCUUCACGUACAGAUACUUCGUCUACCUCUGGCCCAACCUUUCGUUCCUUGCAUUUCAUAAAGGUAAAUGCGUGGGGACUGUGGUGUGCAAGAUGGGAGAUCAUCGCCAUACCUUCCGUGGAUACAUUGCUAUGCUUGUCGUCCUCAGCCCUUACAGAGGCAAAGGCAUUGCAACUGAGCUUGUUACCAGGUCGAUCAAAGUGAUGAUGGAAUCCGGUUGUGAGGAGGUGACACUGGAAGCAGAAGUUACAAACAAAGGUGCGCUCGCGCUCUAUGGUCGUUUGGGGUUCAUUAGAGCCAAGAGGCUUUUCCGGUACUACUUGAAUGGAGUCGACGCUUUCCGCCUCAAGCUUUUGUUCCCUCGCAUCGCCCCGACAAUGGGUUCGGGGGCCUAAUCGAUCCGUAAAAAGGCGAAAAAAGGCUCAUGUUUUUAGUGUUUUUGGAUAGUAAGUCCCUAUUUUGGAUUGAGAUGAUAAUGUUCAAGUUUUGUAAGGAUUAGUGUGAUAGUGUUUUCUUCAUUCAUCAUCUUGUUUCUUGUAAU